CGAGUAUCCCUGCACUGGAUGACCAUAUUAAACGGGCUUUGGAAUGAAAGAACAAGGAGAGGAGACUGCAAGCAAAGCAGGCUCUUCACGCGUUCCGUUCGAAACCUCUCGUGGAACCGUUCGUCGACUGACGGAGGUGACACACGAGAACGCCUCGGCGGAAGUGAAGAUUAUCAAUGGCGAUAUGCGCUUUUUGUCAAAGCUGCAGACAGAGAAACUGCCGAUAUCUUUGGCUAUUUUCGACUUCCCCUACGACUUUGCGCACAAGGGACACGCAUCUGAUAAUGAGCCGUUUCCGGAGUCGGAUGUUGUGGAGGUUCUUCACAAUCUGAAUGACGUUUCCAAUGCCCCCUUGUGGACAGUUGCGGGAUUCUGUUCGGUGGACAUGAUUCCUUCCAUUCGCUCCGUGUUCCGGGCAGUUUGCAAUGCAGGCCAGGAGCUUUUGACGUGGUGCAAGCCUAAUGUGACGAAUCCCGGUGGGCCCCGGCUUGUGAGUGCGACAAAAUUAUGCGUGUUGGGCUAUUACAGCGAGACUGGGCAGCGCGAGAUGGCGCACUAUCAUUUUGAUCCCACUGAUAUGCGUCACAAUUCCCAGCUCUUUAAUGCUGUGACGCAGAAGUACCAUCACCCUGGUAGCGGUGUCCUCUGCCCGUACCAGAAGUCGUAUACUUUGUACUCUUGGCUUGUGAACAAAUGCUCUCUUGCAGGGGCCUGCGUUCUGGAUGGUUUUUCCGGUUCCGGCACAGGGGCCAUAGCGUGCGUCAAGGCAAAUCGGAAUUGCCUUGUGGUGGAGAUAAACACCAAGUGCGCUAAGGGCAUCGCCACGAGGCUUCUGACAGACAUCAGCGGCACACUGCGAAACGCCAAAGCGGAAAGAGAAGGCAACACAAGGCUGCCCAACCUCAAGUUGUCUGGGGAUACGAAGUCUGUCGAAAAUGAGCUCAUGGCCGACGAAGACACGGGCACUGCUGCUGGAGUGGCGGAGAGCGUUGAGGUUGUCGCUGUCGGGCCGUCAGGUGCAAAUUUGUCCACUAUCGAGGCUGUUGCCGGCCCGGCCGGUGUGCAGAAAACUGCUUCAGCGCCAUCUGCUGAGCGUGCUGAGCCCGCUAUCGGGUCGGCCGGUGUGCAGCCAACUGCUUCUGUUGUGCCUCUUCGCGGUGAGGCUAGACCCGUCGCUGCUUCCGUGCCUGUUCCCAGCGUUGUUCUUGGCGCUAGACCAGAGGCUGAGACGCAAGCUGCGUCCCGCCCUGUUCCCGCUUCUGCAAAUGCUCAGCAGAGUCUCUUGAGCCUCGCCAUGAGCCAGGAAUCGAGCAGGACCACGGCUGGCGGUAGGAAGGGGCGCAAACGAAAGGCAGGCGGUGAAGAGGUAUCGAGUCCACAGGCUGGGGUAACAAUUGGCCUCAAGGCCAAUACUUGCUCACGGACUGCGAAGUGACUAAGGCGACAACAUAUCCUUUGGAUAUAGGCCUAUAUGUCAUGUGUGGACAUUCACUUGCGAUAUAGCCCUAUACUACAUGUGUGGCCUCAAACCUCUGUCAGUUUCGUGUUCUGCCAACUCUCCCGUCUUGGUCGCUUCUUCUCCUUCCGCUUGUUCUUUUCACCAUGUGUAGCCUCAAACCACGGAUUGCCCACGAUAAUGACAAAAGGUCCAGGAGCUGCCGUUUGUUGGCAUCAAAUAAUGAUUUGCUUGGUACAUUCCGGUCAAAGAGUCAAAGCAGGAUCGACAACGAUCCAUGUAGCAAGGAUUGCGCCUCUCGCAAUUGGUGCGA